UUGUUUACAAACAACAUACGGCUCCGUUCAACCUCCCUCCCCGUCUGUGUUUUGGUUCUCAGCCGGAAGAGGAAACUGUCUGUUAGUGACGAAUCAGAGGCGAGCUGGUGAUGUUCAUCAACCAAUGACGCCUUCCAUCUGACCGUGACGUCACUCUCGCCUGGAUCGUGUUAAAAACAGAGCGGCUGCCCUAAGUGGCUUCUCUGUGAAAAAGUCCCGUAUUAUGGAUUCCCUUCGAGAGCAAGUGAUGAUCAACCAGUUCGUUUUAGCUGCUGGAUGUGCGCGGGACCAAGCUAAGCAACUCUUACAAGCGGCACAUUGGCAGUUUGAGACGGCGCUCAGUAUCUUUUUCCAAGAAGCGACGGUGCCGAGCUGUCACCCACAUGCUGGACAUUUCAAUGCGAUGUGCACCCCUGCCAACACCCCUGCCACACCACCAAACUUCCCAGACACACUGAUGGCCUUUUCCAAGAUGACAACAAGUCCGCCGUCUUCCUCCAUGGGAACGUCACCGCACCGUGUGUAUGGCACUAUGCAUAAUAAUAACAGCAGCAGCAAUAGCUUCCGUGGUGGAGAUAACAACUACGUGGGUUUUGCUGCUUCUCCUUCAUCUUCUUCCCCACAUGCCAUGGAAGUGGAAGCACAGAGAUAAAAGUGACUUGGGUGUUGUGUUACAAGACACUGUGUUACGAGACAUUUUCAUAUUGCAGGCAAACCAGUACAACCUGCUUUUUUUUUUAAAUUCAAUCUUCUAAAGACAAUUGCAGGGUGUGUGGUUUUAAGCAAUACUGUCUAGUACCUUGCUAGUGUUCUUUUUUGUGCCACAGUGCAAUGAUGGCAUCAUUUUCAUCUUCAUCGAAGGGCGCAUAGUUGUGCUGAGAGUGCAACGCAAGUUUCACUGCCAGGAAGGCAGUGUUACUUUAUGAUGUGCCUUUGAGGACAUCACGCAGGGCCCUUUAAUGGUAGAACAAACUUGCCAAUGGGCACUUGAAGCUGAUGCACAAACGUUACUUUUAGCUGUGUGUCAACUUGUACAGAAAGACGGGCUAAAGCAACCUGCAAUGUUUACCAUUGUGGUCUGUCAUGCGUACAUGCUUAAUAAACAUUGUCCAGUCAACA